AAUUCCCGUUUUCAAAUUCGCUGCCGCAAACCUCCUCUUCCUCCUUCUUCUUCUUCAACUUCAAUUUGUAUGCCAUGCCCGAGACAAGGUCAAAGAAGAAAUCUUCAAAGGCCGCUACACCACUUCCUCUUCCUCCUCCUCCUUCUGCAUCGGAGCGGCGAAACUGGGGCAACGUCUUCAACUUGAUGGUUAAGAUGGUGCGCAACCAGCAGAAUCAGCUUCAGUCGAUCUCAACGCAGAACAAGUUCCUCCAAGACCGUUGGCGAAUCCAGAACGAAGCCUGGCAAUCCGACAACCGCAUUCACAGCGAUCACAUCUCGCAGAUGAAGGGAGUUUUGAAAUUUGAGGAGAAGAAACGGUUAUUGGAGGCGCAUUUGUUGACUUGGCAUUGUUUAACUGCAGAGCAUAUGGAGGAUGAUUUGGCCGAUUUUAAAGCUUUGUUUGAAAACCAUUCUUGCAAAUCCGCUAAAGGAGAAGUAUGUUCACUGGAUCAAGGAACAGUAUUGAAGGAUGCUGACAAGAGGAAGAAAAGAAACACUGAUAGUGAGAAAGAGAACAAGUCACCUGGGACGAAUUCCGUAGAAGAGAUGAGUUCUUUGAAAAUCAAAGAUGAAUUGAGAAUAUUAAAAGAAGAACGUGAGAAGCUUGUUUCAGAAAAGAAAUUUGUGUGGAAUCAAUACAAUAUCAUGGAAAAAGAAUAUUGCAAUAAAUUAAGUGCUAAACAAGCUGAAGUAGAGAAAGCAAAUGAGAAGGUAAGAGCACUUGUGGAACAACUGGAGUCAGAAAAUAACAAAAAGGAUAGUACUAUUUCACAGUUAGUUAGUAAAGUGGCUAGUAUGGAGGCUGAGACAGAAAGAUUAAACCAAGAAAUAUCACGAUUGUCUUCGGAGAUGGAAUCUGUUAGAAAGUCCAGGAAAGACCAAGUUACACCUGUUUUAAACCGAUGCACGGAAGGGACUAAAACUUGUAACUCAGGAACCAGCAAGAGUGGCAGGCACAGAAAUGUCUCUGUGAAAAAAGAAGUAUCUACUCCUGAUGCCCCUCCUCCUUCAAAAUUAUCUGGAAAGGGAAAUACUAGCCUGAAGAGGAAAGAAAGUCCAGUUAUUCUCACCUCUGUGACUCCGAAACUGUUCUCUUCCAGCUUCAAGGUACCAAAAUUGAAGUCCUCUGCAAAAGUAUGACAGAUGAGAUAUUUUAAUUAAAUUAUUACCCCAUUAGGAACAGUAGACUAUGUAGCAACUUUUAUGUAAAUGUAUGUGUAAGCUGUUAGUUCAUAGUGCUUCUAAUGAACAUAUUUGGAGUUAGUUUGUGUAAUGUAAAGGUUCAACAUCAUGUAUCAUCUGCUUGGUUUGUAAUCUAAGGGGUUCCACUUUUUGGGUUAA